GUAUGCAUGCAUUAAACCUAGGUUAUAUAUGUUCUACAAGUGUUGUGUGCUUUUUGUAUUAAGAAAUCUCAUCUUUCCUAGAUGCCAAUAUCUGUUAAAGGAAAUUGCCACGACUAUAUUAAAUAUAAAUAUGACACGUUACUUAAAAAAUAUAUCUUUGGUUAAACGCUUCACCGGCCCCACCUGCAACACGAAGCACCCCAGGGUGUCAGGGGAUUACGCAGAAUGAAAGAUGGUGAUGUGCCCUCGGUGUGAACAGAGGGCUGGGCUAAAACAAGAGCUAUUCCUCUAACCGUAAACCACACCUUCCAACCGAGCAACUACAGCCAACAGACAGGAAAUAAUACUAUGGAAUUCCUGUCUAUGCCAGGAAGAACUCCUUGUUCUUCUGUGCUCUUUAGGAUGUCCAGCACUGUCUUAUCCAUCCUGGUGACCUUUGUGUGUCUUGCACCGAUACUGGAGGUCAACAGCACACUGGAUGACCGAAAGAAGAAGAUUCAAGCUGUGGAAUUGGAGUUCAAUUCCCUGAAGGACUACUACAAUACCCGGAAGGAAGCCGUCGCUGAAGAGUUCAAAGAGAUUGAAAGUGAAAUGGACGCUUCAUCGGCCAUUUUACAACAAAGCAGUGGGCCAAAUUUUGCGGCCAGCAAGAAGAACUCUGAGACACUAAAGGAGUGGUACACUGAAACUAAAGAUACAUUUCUCCUGUUCACUGAAGUCUUUGACAACGCGUAUGUGUUCUUCCAGAAGGGAAUCGAGGAAGUCAAAGACCUUGUCCAUGUAAACGAGGACUACUACAAUACUCGGAUGGACGCCCUCGCUGAAGAGUUCAAAGAGUUUGAACGUGAAAUGGACGCUAAAUUGGCCAUAUUAAAACAAGACAGUGGGCCCAAGUUUGCGGCAAGCAAGAAUUAUCUUGAGACACUGAGGGAGUGGUACUCUGAAACUAAAGAUACAUUUCUCCUGUUCACUGAAGUCUUUGACAACGCGUCUGAGUUCAUCCAUAAGGGAAUCGAGGAAGUCAAAGACCUUGUCCAUGAAACCGAGGUGGACAAAGAUGAAUUAUAAUCACACCUUAUCAACAUUGGCAUUAGUUAAUGCAGCAAUGAGCUUUAUUAUAUAGCAUUAGCAUAGGGGUUAGAGUGAGUGGGUUCUUCAUAGCUGAUGCGUCACUGCGUCACACAGGAUGAUGGAGGGUGGAACCUGUUGGCCCGUGUCAGAAAGUGUCAGUCAGGGUCAGAUAGUUAUGUUUCUGACUGCUUUAUUUGUUGUUUUUGUGGUCGUAUUCAGGAUUAACUGAGUGAACAUCUGUACAAAUGUCAUGAUGUUUUGGGUUUUGGGUCUUUCUUUUCACAAUAUCUGUUCUGUCUGCGUUUGUAUACAGAUCUUGUAAACUCUCCCUAAUUACUGGUAAAUAUACUUAUAAAUAAAUGUUUUGUCAUAUCUUGUUAUUCUUAUUUGUUUGGACUAUUUUUUUUUCUUGCCUUAUGAAAAACUAUAGCAGAGAAGCUGAUAUUUAUUUGGCAACAGACUUUGACAAACCGAAUGAAGGUCUCUGUGAACACGCCCUAGCCUUAACGCCUCGUUUCCACAUACGUAUGUUUUUCGUAUCCGUACUUCCGUAAAUUUACGGAAGGGGUCGCUAGUACUUUACGUACGGACAUGAAUUUAUUUACGGACAGCCAAAAAGAUGGGGGAACGCAUGAUAAUGGCCGUUUUUCGGAGACCGGUACUGUGGAAUAUGAGGAUCGACAUCUACCGAGAUAAAAACGAAACCAACCAGGCUUGGAAAGAGAUCGGUGAGGAGUUUGGCCUGCCAG